CAAGCUUCGGGGCAAGCUCACCAAAGAACAGGCUAAGACUGAAAUCGUCGACGAGUUAGUUUACCCUCUUGCGCGGUUGACCCUUGACUCGAGACUUAACUGACGUGGCGUAGACGCUGUGUGUGCUGCCUCGACAUCAUGCCCGCCGAGUGCCUGGCGACUAUGCCUUGCCAACACAAGUAUUGCAGCCGAUGCAUGAAGCAGAUGGUGCUCACGGUCAUCUCCGAGGAAGGGUUGUUCCCCCCCAGAUGCUGCAAGCUAGAUAUCCCAGUCGAGACCAUCUUGCCCGUGUUGACGCCCAAGGAAAGAAGCUUCUACAUCUCGAAAGCGCAGGAGUAUGCGACACCAGCUGCAGAGCGGUGGUACUGCCCAGCGGCGACGUGUGGGCGCUUCAUUGCGCCGCAGCAUGUCAGGAGCGCAUCCUCAUCGCAGACGUGCCCUUACUGCAGCACCAAGAUAUGUUCAGGGUGUCGCGACCUGGCUCAUUCGUCGAGAGGGUGCGCGCCGGAUCCCGGCCUCGCGGCUGUUCUUGAGGAGGCCCGACUCAAGCAAUGGAAGCGAUGUUAUGAUUGCGGCUCCAUGGUAGAGCUUGUCUCUGGCUGCGACCAUGUCACCUGCAGAUGCAAGGCACAAUUCUGUUACAAAUGUGGAGAUCCUUGGUCUGCUUGUGCCUGCGCUGCGUCCGGACAGCGGCCCGCGGACUUCCUGGCCGUGCUUAUCGGACACACCAAGUUGAGCCGAGACCAGGAGGCCGAGCUGUCUGCGGUAGUCACUGCCAUCCUCCGCAACGAAAGACUCCGUGAUGAGGAGGCGGCCAAUGCCAAAGCUAAGACGGAGGGGACCAGCAGGGAGAGUAAGAGACUUUCCCGGUUGAGCAUAGACUUACUGCGCCGAGACAUCAUUCUAUGACGGCGAGGAAUAAUGAUUUGAUGCGAUUGAUGUCAAAGAGGCGUGCGAUGCUGACUUAGCCAUUCUUUUUAAUUUUUCCUUUGUCAAAUCAAUUGUGGUGCUAACGAUCUACAAUCUAUUUUAACUCUGCCGACAAUUUGCCAGACUGCCAGAAAUGGAGUAAAUAUACCUUU